CCCAGGCUAGCAAGUUUGAGUCUUGAGCAUCACCUCCCACUGGCACCCGAAGAUCCAGGAGCUUCAGUCCACAACUAGGGUUUCAAUGGAUUCACCAAAGCAGCUGCACCCAGCCUGGGCCCCGGGAUCAUCUCAGAUGUUUCCUGAAGAGCACUCUCAGGAAGGUUCAGCAGCUGUUCAAACCAUGUCCGAAGUGUUAGUAAAGAACCUUAGCAAACUGACUCUAGACCCUAGUAUCAAACUCCCCUCCCCUCUACCAGAAUAUCCACCCCAGCAGCAGGAGAGAGAGAAGAAACCACAGGGGCUUGUUGACCGCAUCCUCAGCAACAACAGGAAGAGGAGUGGAGUGAGGACUCUGUUAACUGCUAGGAAAGAAAGGAUGGAGAGGAUGAUUCCAUUGAUUCAGUACCAGCGCUACGUUAACAAGCGGUCCAUG